AUGGCGCACCAAGCAGAUGCCACGCGCAUGCUCGAUGACCGCGGCUACACAGGCACCCUCAUCCGCGGCCAGAACCCNCUCCUCCUCUUCGAAAAAGCCGUCCGCGAUCGCAUCAUCGACUCGUAUUACUGGAAAGAGCAAUGCUUCGGUCUCAAUGCCGCCACUCUUUGCGAUCGCGCAGUCGACCUCGGUUUCAUCGGCGGCACCUACGGCAUUGGUCAAAAGCCUACGCCAUUCCUCUGUCUCGCUUUCAAGCUCCUUCAACUCACGCCCGAAAAAGACAUCAUAUUGCACUACCUGCAGCAAGAAGACUUCAAGUAUCUGAGAGCGCUGGCGGCAUUCUAUAUCCGCUUGACGUGGGAGCCAAAGGAUAUUUAUGAGACGUUGGAGGCGUAUUUGAGUGAUUAUAGGAAGUUGAAGAGGAGGACGAGGGAUGCAUACGCUUUGAGUUAUGUUGAUCAAUUCAUCGAUGACUUGCUCACGAAAGACCGUGUGUGUGCUACCUCCCUAUGGAAGAUGCCGAGUCGUACACAACUGGAGGACCUCGACGUGCUGGAGCCACGCGUCAGUCCGCUGGGAGACGAGAUUGAUGAGCUGGAUGCAGAAGACGAGGACAUGAGAGAUGGAAGUGAUGGCGAGGCCGAGGAGGUCAGGAAUGGCGAUUCAAGAUCAAGAAGCAGGAGUUACGACAGCCGGAGCCGGAGUCAAAGCUACGAAAGGAGAAGAAGCAGGAGCAGAAGUUACGACAGACGAACCAGGAGCCGGAGCUACGAAAGAUGGAGGAGCUACAGUCGUGAUCGCCACGACAGAAGAAGAAGUCAUAGCCGUGAGCUGCCAGAUCGAAGGAGGAGUCCCUUGUCCAGGUCAGGGUCACGAUCAAGAGGUUGA